AUGGCAUCUGGGGAAAGUUUUACUCAUCAGCCUCAUUACGAAGAGCAACAGAGUCAUGUGAGACAUCAUCGCGUCCCUAAACAUCUUGAGGACUACGUCCUUGCCUAUAAUCCACAGCGACCUGCCCUUUCCUCCCACACGACAGAGGAGCAGAGAGGAGCAGCGGCCGCAGCGGACGGUAGCCGAGCGGAUGCAGCCUCUUUUUCGGACAAAUGCGCAGUCUCACACUAUACCAACUCUGAUGACAUGCUGAACACCACUUCACUAAAACGACUCGUCAAAUCCAUCUCUAGGAAUGAGAAGGAGGAAGAUGCUGAAGUGGUUAAGCUAACACAUAAACUCCAGCAGUAUGAACUCCGUCGUCGCCGUCGUCAGGAGCUGCUGGAGCACAUCGCUUCCUUCAUGAGAGAAGAAGAGAUCGAGGAGGAUAAUGACAGCAGCAAAAGCGCCUCACCACCAUCAACACCCUCGUCUCCCGUGCUUCAACCUCAUCGACUCCUCAUCUCCCCCAGCUACUUGGUUUCACCGCCAGAAGAGCGGACCAGGGACGUUGAACCUCAGGCUGGCAGCACCAUACCAGGACAUAUGUUUGGGAGACCAGAGGCAGAGACUGAGGUUAGAACCUACACCCCUAUAGCAGGUCAGACAGGGAUCCCAUACAGCCCGGGGUUGCCACACCGCUCCGCAUAUGGUGUACCAACACCCAAAAUCCCAGACUUCUCCAUUGACAGCGAAAAGGAGUUUGCUAACCUGAAGCUGGCUAUAGAUAACCUGCUUGAGCCCCAUUCAGAACUGUCUGAAAAGUACAAAUACCAUGUACUACUUGAACAUCUUAAACUGCCCGAAGCGCAGAUGAUUGGUCAGUCCUGUCGUCACCAUCCAAAUCCAUACUCAGCAACUAUGCAAGCCCUGCAGUUACAGUAUGGUCAGCCACACCAGCUGGCACAAAGCGAGAUAGCAGCCAUUCUGACCACCCCAGAUGUGAAGCCUGGUGAUGCCCACACUUUCCAGAGUUUCGCCCUACGAGUUCACCUUCUGGUGAGUAUGCUGCUCUCCCUAGAAGGACCCAAAGGCAUGGAGCUAAACUGCUGCUCUCAUGUUGACCGCUUACUCAGUAAGCUACCCAAGUACCACAGGGACGGGUUUAUUGAGUAUCUACAGAUGCAGGGAAAGCUGAAUAGCACGAGUAUCAACCCCUACAACCUGCAAGAUCUAAAUGGAUGGCUUCAAGGCAAAGCUCAACAGCAGCGCUUGUCCAACAGAUUAGUGCAGCGCUACCAAACCGGACAACCCCAAGUUACAGGAAGGGAGAAGAUCAUCCCAAAGAACAGAGGUCAAGGUGCCGCUGUAUAUCACAGUACAGGGCCCCCUCCGCAGAGACCUUCUAAUAACUUCACACAAUCCAAGAAACCAUUCAAGAUACAAUGUCUCUUCUGUGACAGCAAAGAGCAUUAUAUCAGUCGCUGUCGCAGUAUCACUGAGCAGUCUACAGUUGAUCUGGACAAGUGGAUAGCAGACGGCGGGCGCUGCUGGAAAUGUGCACGAUCUCAUGCGCCUGAGUCGUGCAACCUCAAGAAACCCUGUAGUGACUGCAAUGGUAUUCAUCUCCAAGUUCUCCACGGUGUAGCACAGCAUCGAUCCAACAUCCCACAGUCAGGAGCCACAGAAAGCAGAAUCUACCUGACACCCAGCAUCACAUCGAGCAGAGUAUUGCUGAAAGUUGUUCCCGUCCUGCUGCACAACAAGCACAAGUCUAUGGAGACCUUUGCUAUCCUAGAUGAUGGUGCACAGAGGACUAUCAUCCUACCAGAAGCAGUCCAGCAGCUCCAGCUGACCGUUGUUCCUCUCAAUGACCUCCUGUGCCGAAAUGUGGAGAAGUUAUGGCAACUCGACGUCCUGCCGUUUCGCAACGAGAAAUUGGUAGUUCGUUCCCGUGAGGACCAAGAAGCCAUGAAUCUCUUAGAAACAAAGACGCAGAGAGUCAACAUUGAAGGAGUUCAGCGCUAUGCAACCCCUCUCCUGAGAAGAAGAGGAGCCCCUAAACUGAACAGUACAACUCAUUCUGUCAUAGCUCAAUUGCGAGCCACAGAGAAACGACUCAAGAAGGAUCAGGAGAAGGCAGAUACCUAUUCAGAGGAGAUUGGCAAGCUCAUCCGGGCCGGUUACGUCAAAAGGCUUCUGCCUAACGAAGUGAACCAAUCUGAGGAGGCAUGGUACCUCCCCCAUCACCUUGUGUGUCAUAACCAAAAGUCAAGGCUGGUCUUCAACUGCUCUUACAGUCAUCAGGGUUCCUCAAUGAAUGACCAGCUGCUGCCUGGACCCACUCUGGGACCUUCGCUACUAGGUGUCCUUCUACGAUUCAGACAGCAUUCGGUUGCUGUGAGUGGAGACAUCCGUGCAAUGUUUCAUCAGGUUCGUCUUCUGCCUGAGGACCGAUCACUCCUCCGGUUCAUCUGGAGAGACAUGCACAGCGAGAACCCACCAGAUGUGUACGAAUGGCAGGUGCUGCCAUUUGGCACAACGAGCAGCCCGUGCUGUGCCAUUUUCGCUUUACAGCAACACGUCCGGAAUCAACAAGCGAGUUAUCCUGAUGCUCUGCAGUCAGUGCAACAGAGUUUUUAUGUGGACAACUGCCUUGAAAGCCUCCCUAACGUGCCUGCCGCCACACACAGAAUCAACCAAUUGCGUUCUUUACUCGCAGACGGAGGGUUCGACCUCAGACAGUGGGCCAGUAAUCAACCUUCAGUGGUAGCUCAUCUUCCGACUGAGGCUAGGUCCUCUGCUACAGAGCAAUGGCUGAGCCAAAACAGGACAGACCCGCUAGAGCCGGCCUUGGGUCUUAAGUGGAACUGUGCUGCUGACACCCUUGGCUAUCAAUAUCGUCCCAUUCAACAUGCAGCGUUGACCAUGAGGACAGCAUAUCAGGUACUGGCCAGCCAAUAUGAUCCUUUGGGGUUCAUUGUGCCUUUCACUACACGUGCCAAGGUACUCAUUCAGCAGCUGUGGUCCAAACAGAGAGGCUGGGAUGACCCGGACCUGCCCACAGGCCUCCAACAAGCCUGGGAAACAUGGGAAAAAGAGCUACAGCACCUCAGCACGGUAUCCAUUCCCCGAUGUUACUCGCCAGUCUCUGUGGAAGAGGCGGACGCAGAGUACGAACUCCAUGUCUUCUGCGACGCGUCCGAGAGAGCAUAUGGAGCGGUGGCCUACCUCACAGUACAGGUAGCAGGCGACAUUCACACAUCCUUUGUGAUGGCUAGGUCACGAGUAGCCCCCAAGAGGCAACAGACCAUACCACGCUUGGAGCUCUGCGCUGCGCUAGCAGGAGCUCAAUUGGCCAAGCUGGUAGAGACCGAGAUCACGCUCACUAUCCGUCAGACAAUCCUCUGGACUGACUCCACCACGGUACUGGAAUGGCUCCAAUCAGACUCUUGUAGAUAUAAGGUGUUCGUCGGAACCCGCGUAUCUGAGAUUCAGGAACUUACUGAUCGACAAGCCUGGAGGUACGUGGACACCCGGAGCAACCCAGCCGACGAUAUAACCCGGGGUAAGACUCUCUUGGAGCUGAUGGAGCCAGGUCGUUGGAGUCAAGGGCCGCCGUUCCUAAAGCAGAGCACUGAACACUGGCCAAAGAAGCCUGAGCAGACUACAGCAGUGACUUCAACCGAACUAAAGGGCAUCACAUUCUGCGGCCUCACAACAGUGGAACCUAAUGACAAUCUUCCUGAUGCUGCUCAGUUCAGUAUGUGGACCGACCUGGUGGAAGCCACUCGCCAAGCAAGCCAGAAGGCUCAAGGGGCGGCCCAGGGUUUGAGAAAUCACCAAGCUGCAAACCCUCAGGAAGCGGAGACCCUUCUGCUGAGGAGGUCUCAAGCCCAUAGCUUCCCAGAGGAGGUCACCGCUCUCAAAGCACAGAAACCUGUGCCAAACCACAGUCGCCUGGUGAGCCUGGCCCCAGAAUGGGACCCUUUAACCUGUUUGGUUCGAGUAGGAGGGAGGCUGCGAAGGUUGCAGAACACAAGCCUGGGAGAGAUCCAUCCGAUUGUUCUCGAUCCAAAGCACCCAGCAACAAAACUCCUUAUCAAACACAUGGAUGAACGUCUGCUACAUCCAGGUACGGAGCGGGUGUAUGCAGAAUUACGAAGGCAGUAUUGGAUCUUGCGAGGACGACAAGCUGUUAGACAACAUCAACUCAAGUGUCCAUCCUGUCAACGCUGGCGAGCUCAACCUAAGGUCCCGCAGAUGGCGGACCUGCCACCACAGCGCCUGCGGCUUCUCUGCCCACCUUUCUAUUCAACAGGCGUCGACUGUUUUGGCCCUUACCUGGUCAAAAUAGGCAGGAGGACGGAGAAGCGCUGGGGCGCCAUCUUUAAGUGUCUCACAACCCGCGGCAUCCACAUAGAACUUCUCAACUCUCUGGAUGUAGACGCCUUCCUUCUUGCUCUUCGGCGGUUCAUCGCGAGGCGAGGCAGACCGAAAGAGUUACUCUCCGACUGCGGUACUAAUUUCCGUGGUGCUGAACGGGAACUUCGUGAGGCUUUCGCAGCCAUGGAACCACGGCUGAAGGAACACCUGACGGAGUACCAGAUCGACUUCAAGUUCAACCCACCUAGUGCCCCCCACUUUGGUGGAGUAUGGGAAAGAGAGGUCCGUUCCAUAAAGGCCGGCCUUCAAGUGGCAGUUGGGAGCCAGUCAGUCUCUGAAGAUGUCCUCCACACAACCUUAGUAGAGGUCGAAGGGAUCCUCAACUCAAAACCGCUAGGGUACGUGUCAACUGAUGUCGCUGACCCGGACCCCAUCACUCCUAACAUCCUGCUCAUGGGGCGGCGGGAUGCCUCACUGCCUCAGGUUGCCUAUGCUCCAGCAUGCAUAGGAAGACGGAGAUGGCGACAUUGUCAAGCACUUGUGGACCAGUUUUGGAUCCAGUUCGCACGGAACUAUUUGCCCACUCUUCAAACACGGCAGAAAUGGCAGAAGGCCGUUAACAACAUUGCUGUUGACGCGGUCGUUCUGAUCGUUGACCCAUCGCUUCCCAGAGCUCAGUGGCCGAUCGGGAAGGUUUGUAAGACAGUCUCCAGUCACGACGGAUGUAUCAGGACUGCAGAGGUCUUGGUGAACGGUAAGGUCUACACCAGACCGGUAGCUCGUCUAAUCCAGCUCCCUGAGUUCAAGGAUGAUGCUAAUGCUGCAUGAAGAAUUCCCGUUAUUACACAUUUUCUGUUCAAAUGUGGGGGCGGCUGUUGUGAAUUCUUCACGGGAGAAUCUCGAUGCUUUUAUUUUGAAGUUUUAUUUUGACAGCGCAUGUUGUUUCCGCUUCCGGUACCGCGAAUACACGCUACGCGACACGGACAGUAGAUCCGUUAGAUCGAGUCAUUGAUGAUAAACUCCAUCCAUCUUUACGGUCAUCUUACUGUCCACUAUGUAACUCCUUCUGUCAACUAAUCUGUAAGCCUACAACGGGUAAAUACAGAAGGGUAUAAAACAA